AAAAAAAAAUGAUCAGAGCCAUGAAACGAACACGUGAAAGGCAAGGAAGGCAUUCUUAUUAUACCAAUGCUGGCUUUGUGUUCUCCUAUUCUUGAUCCCUUAAUUUGUUGUGGCUGCCAUCUUUGUCGCCGCCGUGGCGGCCAGCACAGAAGCGAAGGCUACGUAGGCACAUAUGGGCGUUGUUUUAGACGGUUGGCCCUCAGCACGAAACGAGGUUUAACUACGUCAGCUUUCGAAGUUAAACCAGCUCACAUGUCUUCAAGUUCUGCAGACGCGGGGACAAGAGUUAAAGUCACGGGGCCUGCAGUAAGGCCUCGCUUCGAUAUGCAUACAGCAAACCCUAAAAGAAUCCCUUCCAGCUUCGGUUCAUCGUCAAGGAUACAGCGAAGACAGAACUCUCUGGAGCAAUCCGUUUGGGGUGGUCUAUGACAUCGAACUUUUUGAGGACUGCGAGCUAAAGCUAUUAUUCAAGGUAUCUCUGGAUUAAACAUUGUUUAGGUCAGCACAAAUAUUGCAUCGGCUUCAUUUACUUU